ACGCAGGCUAGUGUGAUUUAAGCUAACGUGGAGGUGCCCUCAGGUGAUGAACGCAGUACUAAAAUAUUCUUGCAUUAAACUGGACGAAAACGCCUUCUUAUAGCAAUCUUUUCCUGUACUUAUUCUUCUCAGCCAGAAACCUUCCUCUUCCUGCAGAAACCCUGGAAAGAAUGUUGCUAAGGAUUGUAUUACGCCUGAAACCAGGUUAAAACUUGUUAGCACCAGCAGUAUCGUUGUAGAUCGUGCGCCGGAGGGCGCUGUCCAUCUGUCCUACGCAUAUGUGUAGAAUUAUGCACAUGAUGAUCUAAUCGCCUUCCCGAUAUCCCGGAAAAAUUGUACUAUGCCCAGAUCGUCUGACGUAUUUAGCCUCGUCUGAGACAUGCCCGGCGCCGCCGGACCCCCACCGAAGAAUGAGCCGUCGGGCACUUCGGUGGUCAGUGCCCUUCAGCGGCCUAUCAUCAAGCAGGGAAACGUGGAGCAGCGCGUAGAAAAGUCGUGCUGCCUGUGUUUCUCCACUACCGCCAUGGAGUCUGUCAACUGGGUACUGCGCGAGGACGGUGUCCUUCGUCAGAUCAACAACUCGCCCCUUUCCAAGAAUGACAAGCAUGUCUUCGACAUGGCACAGUGGGAGGCCAUUGCCCCGGUGGAUCCGGCCGGAGAGAUUCCACCUGCAAUGGCCAUCCGGAUGUUCCUCGCGAAGGAUGGCACCGAUAUCUUCUAUAAAGCCCAAAGCCAGACGGACCGCGACGAAUGGAUCCGCCACCUGAAACGCUUCGACCCGAAAGAGAAAAGCAAAGGUCAACCGGCUAGCGGGAUCAGUCUGGCGCCCAGUCUGCGUAGUGUGCGGAAUGAUAACCUCCAGGACAAACUAGCCAGCACCCUUGACAAGCCGACCACAGUAGCGGACGCUCGCUCGGGACUACAGCCAUCCCCCAGCAAGACAGAAGUGAUCUUGGACAAGCUCAUCGACACCGCCAUUAAACACGAUAUUCCUGGAAAAGUUAGUCGAAUGGCCGACGCUGUCAAGGACCAGAUGGACUCGGUGCAGCGCGAGCAUGCCGGACAUGUGGGCUCUGAGUUCGGCGGGUCACCGUCCGGUGUUUCCAUAUCUUCGUAUCAGAAGGACAUCAUGGGACGGCUGCAUGAAGGCCAGGCAAAAGCGGCAGAAAUAUACCAGAAUCAAGUUGCCGGUCGCCUACAGGACGGACAGACUAAAGCAGCUGAUAUUUACCAGAGAGAAGUUGCUGGUCGCCUCCAGGAGGGACAGGCCAAAGCGGCCGAAGCGGUGCAGAAGGCGGCUGAAAGUAUACGUAAAGCGGCUGAUGACCUGCAAGGGCACGCGGAAAAUCUGUACAGCAAUAUGCAGUCCGGGAGCAAAGCGGACAUCAAACAGGGAGGCUCGGCUAUGGCGGACGCUAAAUCCCUGGAGAAUGCUACCGCCACAAAAAAUGGUACGAAGCCGGGAGUAUUCGACACAUUUGGCGUUGAUCCCAGCAAAGCGGUUGUCCGGUCGGGAACCGCGAGGAGCGGAGAGGCUUCAGGGUUUCCAGAGGUCACGACAAGUCGUAGUGGGCUGCGGCCUAUAGACGGAAGGACCCCAAGCAAGCAGGACGAGCUUCGACCGGAAAGUUCCACCAGAUCUAACCGAAGCCUUAAGGAGAUUCCGGGUGCGAGCACGCGGUCCAUCGAGAAAGCCGGCAUUCCGGGCACGGCUACGUCCCAAACUCAGACCCAGAGCGUCACCGAAGCCCGACUGGAAAAGCUGAGCCAGAAUGCCGCCAAGGUAAAAAAUGCGAUGAUGGCUAGGGCUGCCGAGUUGGGCGAAACCGCCCGGGAUCAGUUGGAGAAGCUCGGCGCGGAAGUGAGCCAGCUGAAAGAGCAGAUCUCCGAAACUAUGGUGGAAGAUGCAAACACUGGACAAAAGGGAAUCCCGGGUCAGAAGUCAUUCGGGACACUGCAGACGGGAUUUGGCGGGAUGCCCGCGGCGGUGCCCCAAGCGGGACCGGCUACCGCGGAAGGACUGCAGCACCCUGGACAAGCAGUGCCGGUGGACGUUGCGACACGGGCCGGUGCGAUAGGCGCAGCACCCGCAACGCGAACCAGCUUAAUACAAAGCGUCAAGUCCGCAGCUGCGCCCCAAAACCACAAACAGACUUCCAUGAGCUUAGAGCUGCCUGCAGUGCCUACGACAGCCGGGACUCCUGUAGCAACCCGGUCAAAAGGUCAAGCCCCGAGCGGUGCAGCGGGUGCCGGGCAGCUGCAGCAGGGUCCAUCCUCUUUGGGGCAGUUUCAACCCGGCGCAGCUCAAGCCGGGGGACAAAGUCCAGGGCAAAUGGUUCCAGCAGCUCCAGGGCAAGUCCAGCCACCAGCUGGUGCCGGAUUCCCCCAGUAUCAGCAAACACCUGGAGGAGGACAGUUCCUGCAGGGUCAGCCCCAGCAGCAACAACUGGGUGCAGUUAACCCAUUUGCUCAGUUAAGCCAGCAGGGCGCCGCUGUUUCACCAGGGACAGCGUACGGUCAGCCAGGAAGCACAGCCGGCCAGCAGCAGUACACCGGACAGCAGGGAAUGGCGCCGGGGCAGCCGGGUGUUUAUGCCAGUCUCUCACAACUUGCGCUUGCACAGGGUCAAAUCGGCCAACCGGCGCCUGUGCCCGGCCAAUACGCUUACCAGCCUCCACCCGGCACAGUCUACCAACAGUCCCCGCCUGGCUACGGCCCCGUUCCGUACCCCCAGCCACCCGUCCAAGGAGGUUAUCCAGUGCCCCAGGCCCAGCCAUUCUAUUACCCGCAACAGCAGCCUCAGAUUCCGUAUUACCAGCAGACACCCCCGGGCUACGGUCCUCCGCAACCUCCUGUGUAUCCACCUUCCAGUUAUCCGCCACCUGGAAGUCACCAGCAACCUCCGGUUAACUACCAACAAGCCCCUGGUCUUUCGCCUUACCAACAACAAGUGGUCCAGUACCCGACAAGCGGUCCAUUACCCGGUCAGCCAUUUGCUACCCCUUACGCGGCGCGGAGCCAUGAGCAGCUGUCUCCCAAUGCUCCCUUCGGCCAACCGCUUCCUCGCACUGCCAGCCACGAGAGCGGUCUAAACCCUAGUCCAUCGCGCCUCUCGCCGUCGCAGACCACUACUGCGGCCGGAGGGUUUGACCUCCACUGCAUUCCGGGUCAGCCAGUCCCGGGACAAUCUCCUAGUUUUGUCUGCGCUACCACUCCGUCCGGCAGUGAGAAUAUAGGCGGCGCCUCACAAGGUCGGUCCACUGCCCCUCCUCCCGAAGCAAAAACUGAGGACGGAAUAAAAGAGCUUGUCGAAAGACCAGACGAACGAUUGAAAGUUUUACAGAAAGAACCGGAAAAAGACGCCCAGAAAAAAGAGGAGCGCCGAGCCAGUUCCGCAACAGAAAAAACCCCAGCGCCCCCUGCACCGACACCAGCGUCGUCCUCACAAAGACGGGCUACUUCCGCACUAGAAAGGGAAGCGCUUCUUCCGGCUGCUCCUGCGGCAGUCGCUCCUAGUGCCGCCCCCGAAGCAAAACCCGAGAAAAAAGAAGAAGGCGGUUUCUUUAGCCGCUUCCGGCGCCGGUCUUCCUCCAAAAGCGCCCCAGCCGAAAAAAAUCAACGACCCGAACCGUCACCGGUGGUUGAAGAUAAAUCUUCUCGCCCACCGUCUCAAUCAGCCGUUAACAAGCAAAAAGAUUCCAAACCUGCAGUCGGCGAGAAAUCUCAAAAUUCUGAACUUCCAGAGAAAUCCCAAAAAUCCUCAAAGCUCGCAACUCCUGAAAAAUCCCAGAAGACCGACAAUCAACAUUUGCCAAAAGGUGAGAUUUCUUCGCCAAAAUCGGACAGAAACGAUAAUCUGAUGCCGGCUCGUAAGACCCCGGAGCCGCGCGGUAAAUUUUCGGCGUCGUCAACUAAAUCGCCUGCCUCCAGCCGUGACGGGGCUCGCUCGCCGGUCAGUAGCGAGCCGGAGGAAGAAUUGUCCCUUGAGGAACGGGUGCGGCGCUGGGUGGAAUCGGUAAUUCGCACGGCAAUUAAAGAAAGUCGAAAGGUCAACGACGGUACGCCUCCCAUUGCUGUGCGUUAAGAUUUUUUUCUUAAAAAUUGUGAUAAUGUUUUACGUUAAAAUUUGUCUAUUUUUUGUUGCUGUCUUUGUGGGUGUUUUAAAAUCGUAUUACAUGCGAUCAGUGCGGCGGUCUGAGGGCUAAAAAGGUAAUAAAAUCCGGGUGUUG